AUGUCUAACAACCAGAAUCCGGGAAAUUUUGCCAACCGACCGAAGGAGGAGGUUCAGGAAAUUGGUUCCAAAGGUGGUCAAGCCAGUCACAACAGUGGCUUCGCCAACAUGGAUCCAGACAAGCAGCGCGAAAUUGCAUCCAAGGGCGGCCAAACUUCAAGCGGUUCCUUUGAGCCAGGUAGCGAGCGGGCCCGGGAGGCUGGUCGGAAGGGCGGCUCUAAGUAA